CAGUCAUAUUCCUCUACGUCACAGCUAGGCGGACUGGAAAUCCUCACUCCGGAGUUUGGUUGGGAACGCGCAGAUAGAGAGAAGUCGUCCAGUUGGCAAACUGACGAAGUUGUCUUCGGAAACUAGAAGGCUCAAAAACAAUACCACCAUGACUUCGACCAACAUGUUUCAAGGGUUGUCUGCUGGUGCAAAAAACAGUUCAAGGGUGUUGCAGCCUCCUGGAGGUGGCUCCAGUAACCUCUUUGGUGGCUAUGAAGAAGACACUGCACCACCGGUUCGGAGACCUAAUAAGUCAGCCUCUAAAGUGUUUGCACCACCAGAGGAGUUCCAGAGUGUAUCUAGACGCUCCAAUCCCCCAGGUGGGAAGAGUAGUGGAAUAUUUGGUGACCCCGAUCCUCCAGCUCGGCAACAGAAACGUCCUCCUGGUGGACAGAGCAGCGACAUAUUCGGUGCUGCAGAGAGUCCAGCUGGCCAGAACCGAGGCCACGCUAAUAAACCAAAGGACAAUCUAAAUGUGGGAGCUGAACCUGAAUCAUCUCCACUCCCUGAAGCCAAGGUCAGCCCACCUGAGGUGAAGGAGGAAGCGGCCCCCCCAGCUCCGGUGCCAGUCAAGGAAGAGCCUGCUCCUGUCUCAGCCCCCCCAGCACCUGAACCUCAGCCCCCAACUUCCUCUUCCCCUUCCUCUUCCUCACCUGCUAAAGAGACGGAUGAGUCUGGCGAUGGGAAGAACCACGAGCCUCACCUGGGACCGAAGCCUCGCUCUCACAACCGGGUCCUCAACCCCCCCGGAGGAAAGUCUAGUGUGGUAUUCUACUGAUCAGCUGAACACGCCCUCCCCCCUUCACUGUCCAUACACUUCUUUUCUGUUCCUGUGUCAAUCUUUUCUCAUUCCAACACCCCACCCCCCACGGUUACUUCACCUGUACAUCCAAACAGAGCAAUGUGUUUAGUCCCUCUCUCCAGACCCCCGUCAGAUAUCAUGUCCUCAACUUGUUGCACUUUCAGCUGUUUUCCUGGCUUCCAGCGUUUUGUUAAAAUCUUCAAAUUCUUCCUAAAUGAAACCUGCAACCAUUCAAUCAACACACUAGCAAAGACCUAAUCACUUCCACUGUGAAACUGUUCAAUCUCACCAGUGCGGUUACUCUUUCCUGUCUUUUAUAAGUGUAGUUAUGUUCAUGGCAUGGUUUUCAUUUUGAAAACAAUUUAGCAUCUCAAGAAUGGUUCAGACAUUGGAGGCUCGUACAAUGUUCAGCUUUAAACACGUUACAAUUAUUUGAUGUAACCAAACUCUUUGCGGAAAAAUUAAAAGCAGACGUCGCCCACAUAUCAGGGUUUUCUUGUUUUAAUCCUGAAAGUGUAGUGAGUUCAAUCCGGGGGGUUCACCAGACCAGUGUAAAUGUUUCAGGGGGUUCCACUAGUGCCAACUUUUUAUGGGUUGCCUUAUUAUUUAAUUUGGAUGACAACAUAAAACAUUUAGUUUGACUUUACAAAAUAAUACCUGUUGGACUACAACUCAUGGUUGUCUGAUGGUAGCCUUACAUCAGCUCAGAACGGCCUCAUCUCACUUCCUUCUCGAUGUGUUUUCAUUUACCAUGUGUCCAACAUUGAAUACCUGCUGUCAGAGCACAAAUUCUGUUCAGGGAUGGAUGUCAACAAAUUGAUUAAAACCAAGAUGAAUGCUAUUGUUUACCCCCAAAUGUUUCUGCUUCCGUAAAGAAAAUUCCAUUUUGAUUGUAUGCGGAUGUGUUGUGCAGGUACUUUUCUGCUUGAUCCUCAUUGCUUGCUGUAUCUGAGAACAUGCCUUUUUCAGCUUGGGGUAGGCCUCUGUUUAUGUUUUAAAUUAAAACGGCUGAACACAAGUGAACUCUGGACAAUCGCGUGGCCUACCUGAGUCCAGGUGGGCUCAGUUAUAAUCUCCUCUUACCCACUUCAUGACGCACAUUCAUGGUAUUCUGGUGCCAGCCUGCCCCAAGUGUUGAUGUGCCUGGCAGGCAAUGAGCACAGCAGAAGAACAAAAUCCUGUGUAUCGCAAAUAAAACUGUUGUUUUGCAUUUAAA